GAGAACCACUCCUCACCAGGAUCACAGCCUCCGAGGACUCGACUCAUUGGCCGUGCUUCAUCCUCAAACAUGGCGUCCGUCAUGCAGGCUCUCAAUGCCUCUUCCACCGACGCCCCGAACCCUCUCUACGUCGACAUUGCCGUCGCCUCGCCGGGACUCGUCAACAAAAUCUUCGACAGUGCGACGCCGGUGAACGUCUUUGGCGCCUUUCUGGCAUUGUUCGUCGCCGCCGUCAUCUACGACCAAUGCUCCUACUGGACUCACAAAGGCACUCUCGCUGGAGACGCCUGGAAAAUCCCAUUCGUCGGACCCUUUCUCGAGAGCGUCAAUCCUCAGUUCAGCAAAUACCACCAGAAAUGGCUGUCCGGCGCGUUGUCAUGCGUCUCCGUCUUCCACAAGUUCGUGGUCAUUGCCGCUACUCGUGACAUGGCUCGCAAGGUCCUGAACUCGCCAGCAUACGUCAAGCCUUGUGUGGUGGACGUCGCGCACAAAUUGCUGCGACCGGAGAAUUGGGUGUUCCUGGACGGGAAGGAGCACGUUGAAUAUCGCAAGGGUCUGAAUGGAUUGUUUACGCGAACGGCGUUGGAGACGUACCUCCCGGGACAAGAGGAGGUGUACAAUGAAUACUUUGAGGAGUUCCUUCGCGAAUCGCAAGCGGCUGGCAAGCCAAAGGCGUGGGUAUACUACCUCCGCGAGUUGAUGUGUGCUGUGUCAUGCCGCACUUUCGUCGGACACUACAUGUCGCGUGAAGGCGUGAAGAAGAUUGCGGAUGAUUACUACAACAUUACGGCUGCUUUGGAGUUGGUCAACUUUCCGAUCAUCCUCCCAUUCACCAAGACAUGGUACGGCAAGAAGGCUUCGGACAAGGUUCUCGAGGCGUUCGCAAACUGUGCUGCAAAGGCAAGGAUUCGCAUGAAGCAAAAGGGUGCUCAGCCAGAGUGCAUCAUGGACCGCUGGCUUAUGCAAAUGAUCGAGUCUGAUCGCUACCGCGAGCGAAUCGCCAACGGAGAGAAGGUUCCUCAAGAAGAGAAGCCAGCCAUGCUUCUACGCAACUUUUCCGACCUGGAGAUCAGCAUGACUGUUUUCACGUUCUUGUUCGCCUCGCAAGAUGCCACUUCAAGUGCUGCUUCUUGGAUGCUCCAGCUCGUCGCUGAUCGUCCUGAAGUGCUUCAGAAGGUUCGGGAGGAGGGCCACCGACUUCGUCCAGAUCCAAACCAUCCGGUGUCGCUUGAAACACUCGAGAAGAUGGAAUACACCCGUGCCGUCGUCAAAGAAACUCUCCGGUACCGCCCACCCGUGCUCAUGGUCCCUUACCUUGUCAAGAAGGACUUUCCGAUCCCCGAAGCCAACUACGUCGCCAAGAAGGGCACAAUGAUCAUCCCUUCAACAUGGCUCUCACUGCACGACCCUGAAGCCUACGAGAAUCCCGACGAAUUCGCACCCGAACGAUGGACGGUCGGAAACGCUGAAGAGCAAGGCAAGAAUUGGCUGGUAUUCGGCACGGGACCGCAUUACUGUCUCGGCCAGACGUAUGCGGUGUUGAACUUGAUGUUGAUGUUGCACAAGCUGAGCAAGGAGUAUGAGUGGGAACAUCAGAUUACGGACAAGAGUGAGGACAUUCGGGUCUUUGCGACGAUUUUCCCAAUGGAUGAUCUACUUUUGAAGUUUAAGAGGAGGGAUCCGGCGAUGGUCGCAGCAGGAGCAUAAUGAGCUGGAAUCGGGUUUCCGGGGUCCUGGUGUUUUCAUGAGCAUUUUGCUAGGUUUUGGUUGAAAAGAUGGAUUGAGAUGAGAAAGGAGGCAACUAUGGCAUCUCCUCUUGGUUUAAUGCAUGAAGAAAGUGCGCGCCGCGAAACAGAGCAGGCGUGCAUGGGCGAUUGUCCAUCGUCCUUUUAGACAAGUCCUAGAGUUCAGUAGAGCAUUUAGACGAUUGUUGUAUAUAUCCCUUUAAGAUUUUCUG